GGAGCAGGGGCGGUGCGGCGGGCGGAGCGGAGCGGCCGCGCUCCGGAAGAGGGAAGGAGCGGAGCGGCGGCGGCUGGGGCGGCAGCGGGAUGGCAGCGCGGGGUUCUGCAGGGGAGGCUGCGCUCCGCCGCCUGGCCGAACAGUGGCUGCUAUGGGAUAAGAAUCCAAAAACUUACGCAAUCGUGAAACAAUUGCUUGCGGAAGGAAAUGCCGGAGAACUGCAGAAAUACUUUGGCUCACGGAUGGAGUUUGGCACAGCAGGGCUCCGAGCUGCCAUGGGAGCAGGGAUUUCCCACAUGAAUGACUUGACUAUUAUCCAGACAACCCAGGGAUUUUGCAGGUACCUUGAGAAGAAUUUCAGUGACCUGAAAAAGAGAGGAGUUGUGAUUGGGUUUGAUGCUCGUGCUCAUCUUUCCAGUGGAGGUAGUAGCAAAAGGUUUGCAAGACUUGCUGCCAAUACCUUCAUCAGUCAGGGAGUUCCAGUUUAUCUAUUCUCUGAUAUAAUACCAACUCCCUUUGUGCCAUACACAGUAACUCAUCUGAAGCUUUGUGCUGGAAUUAUGGUUACUGCUUCCCAUAAUCCAAAACAAGACAAUGGUUACAAGGUUUACUGGGAAAACGGUGCUCAGAUCAUUUCUCCUCAUGACAAAGGAAUUUCUCAGGCUAUUGAGGAGAACCAAGAACCGUGGCCUCAGGCUUGGGAUGACAAACUGAUUGACAGCAGCUCACUACUUCAUGAUCCAUAUGCCAUGGUCAAUAAGGAGUAUUUCAAAGACAUACAGAAACAGUGCUUUUACAGGAAUAUAAACAAGGAAACAAACCUGAAAUUUGUUCAUACUUCUGUGCAUGGCGUAGGACAUAAAUUUGUGCAGUUGGCAUUCAAGGCAUUUGACCUCAGCCCUCCUUUUGCUGUUCCGGAGCAGAAAGAUCCUGAUCCAGAUUUUCCCACAGUGAAGUAUCCAAAUCCUGAAGAAGGCAAAGGUGUUCUGACAUUGUCUUUUGCUUUGGCUGAAAAAGAUGGGGCAAGAAUCAUUUUAGCAAAUGAUCCUGAUGCUGAUCGACUGGCAGUGGCAGAGAAACAAGAGAGCGGUGAAUGGAAAGUGUUUUCUGGAAAUGAACUAGGAGCUCUUUUAGGCUGGUGGAUCUUCACUUGCUGGAAAAAUAACAGUAGGGAUACUUGUGCCAUUAAAGAUGUCUACAUGUUAUCCAGUACUGUUUCUUCCAAAAUCCUGAGAGCAAUUGCACUAAAGGAAGGUUUUCACUUUGAGGAAACACUGACAGGUUUCAAGUGGAUGGGCAACCGUGCCAAACAGCUCAUGGACCAGGGGAAAGCUGUUCUUUUUGCAUUUGAAGAGGCUAUAGGAUAUAUGUGCUGUCCUGCUGUUCUGGACAAAGAUGGUGUCAGUGCUGCUGUUAUAACUGCAGAAAUGGCCAGCUUUUUGGCAACCAGGAAUUUGUCUUUGUCUCAGCAGCUGAAAGCUGUCUAUGAUGAAUACGGCUUCCAUAUUACCAAAGCUUCGUAUUUCAUCUGCCAUGAUCCUAAAGUUAUUCAACAGCUUUUUGACAACCUUAGAAAUUUUGAUGGAAAAAACACAUACCCAAAAUCUUGUGGUAGAUUUAAAGUUUCUGGAAUAAGGGAUCUAACUACUGGGUAUGAUAGCAGCCAGCCAGAUCAAAAGGCUAUACUUCCUACUAGUAAAAGCAGCCAAAUGAUAACAUUCACUUUUGCUAAUGGAGGAGUGGCCACAAUUAGAACCAGUGGGACGGAACCAAAGAUCAAAUACUAUUCUGAACUUUGUGCACCCCCUGGAAACAGUGAUGCUGAACAGCUGAAGAGGGAACUAGAUGAACUGGUCAAUGCUCUUGAAAAACACUUCUUUCAACCAGAAAAAAACAAACUUCAACGAAAGACUGAGUAAAAUAGCAAAAUAACUACCUUGAUUGGCUUUUGCAGCAUUAGAAGUGCAUUAUUUAAGGAGCUGAAGUUUUUUAGGACCAAAUGUCUGACAACUCUGACUAUAAAGACUUCUGCUUUUAAGAGUUACUUUGGGUACUCUUAGCUCUAGUAUCUUAUUUUGACAGGAAAGUACGUUUACCCUUAAUGGACCAAAAAACCCAUCAGUUGAACUAAAAGCUUUAUGAACUGAAAGUUGACUGCAAAUGUAUUUCAAUCAAAAUUUGUUUUAAUUAAAUAUAAGUAAUAUUCUGGUAUCUGAAACAGCCUAUUUUGUGGUGACUUGUUUCUUUUGUGUGCAUAUAAUCUGAAAACACUAUGCAACUUUGUCUAGGUUUAGAUCUGCAAAGCAAGUUCUCCUGUUAACAGGAAAUAUUUAAAGCCUGUGGUGAGAUGGACAAACUUGGGGCAGAUGAUUCAGAAGUAGUGAUCUUUUUGGCCCAAAUAAAUGAGAAACUCGCAGCAAAUUUGUUAAAUAUCUAUUUGCUGUGGGACUAUAUAUCAUAUUCCAGGCUAGAGACACAUAGUGUACUAAACUGUCUUUGAAUACCAUGAACCCGUUAAGAUAGUAUAUCUACAUACAGCACCUUUUUGUUGCCUCACUGAACACAGCUUAAUUAGUUCAAUCCAUAGCCCAAUUUUGGAGCCACUCACACUGUUUGCUGCCAUGACUUGGUGCAUAACUCUGUGUGUUUAAUUUAGAGCAGAAGUUUCCAUUUCAUUGCAUGCUCUUGUCUGUGCUUGCAAAGCCUGAGAGGGUUUUUUGGAGGUUGCCAGUUGACUUUAGUAUGGGGCUUUUCUGCAUUUUCAGUACUUGCUUUGGAUAUCAGUGUAGCAUUAAUAGUCAGAACCAUAGGUACAUACUUAGAAAUGCAAAAUUUCUAAGCUUGAUUAUCCUCCCUGAAUUCAAGUCCUCUGUGCUUGUUAUUUUCAGUGCAAUUUAUUUUCACUCCCUGGGGGGAGUGGAAGGACAAGAAGUUUUACAGUCUGAUGUACCACUGCAGAUCAUGUGCAGUCUUGUGGUGAGAGGCCUCAAAAAUAAGUCUGGGGAUGCUUCAGGGAUCUUUGGUGUUUUAUGACACCUUCUAAGAUAUGACAGCUGCCUCUCAAGUCAGCCUAGUUGAGUGAAUUAUGACCCAUCAGAAUGAAUACUUUCACGGCUCCAUGUGAAUGUCCCUGUACUUUUCCAGAGGGGAGUUUUCAUGCCUGAGCUAGUUGUGUAAGGGAGGACAUUGGCAUGAUAAAAAGCACUAUCCCAUCAUGCAGGAUCUGCUUACUGGCUUCCUCCUUGCUUGAAGGCAGACAGAGGAAUGGUUCUUCAGGAGGCAGGCUGGGGCAGUGCCUUCAAUUUGGGCAUUGAUGAGCUACACCCAGGGCUGGAAGAAGCUUUGUGGGUCUGUACAAGCCUGCAGCCUUGGGCUUCAACAGGGGAGGUUAUUCUUUCCCUCCACUCUGCUCUUGUGAAACCCCACCUGGAGUACUGCAUCCCAGCACAAGAAUGACAUGAACCUGUUAGAGUAGGUCCAGAGGAAAGCCAUGAAAACAGUCAGAGGGUUAGAAUACCUGCACUGGGAAAAAAGGCUGAGAGUGCUGAGACUGCUCAGCCUGUAGAAGAGGCUAUGAGAUCUUUCAAUAUAUGAAGAGAGCUUAUAAGAAGCACACUUUUUACCAGGGACUGUAGUGACAGGACAAAGGGAAACAGUUUUAAAGUGAAAGAGGAUAGAUUUAAUUGGAUACAAAGAAAGAUUUAUUUUUUUCAUACGGAGGGGCAUGAGAAAUGGGAACAAGUUGCCCGGCAAAGCUGUUGGAUGCCUGAAAGUGUUCAAGACUAGGUUGGAUGCAGCUUUGAGCAGUCUGAUCUGGUGGAAGGUGUCCCUGCUUCAUGUAGGGUGGUUGAACUAGGUGAUUUUUAAAGGGGACCUUCAGACUGAAACCAUUCCAUUAUUCCUUUUACUUUCAUUUUUAUUGGGAGGACUCACAUUUCUUUUGGUACAGAAUAUGUUAAAGGAUGCUUUACUGAAUUAAUGGGGAAGAACUGAAGACAGAGGACUAGAGGUCCUGAUUUUUUUAAUGUGUUUGUCUUAAAAUCACAGGCUAGAGAGACAUAUUUUACGUGUGCCAAAGCUGGAUUUGGAUUUUGCUAGUGUUAGAAGUCUGGAAGUGAGACCGGCAAUGCACUCAUGUGUACUGAAACAUCCUUAGUAUGGCUUUAGAGCAUCUUCAGAAACAGUACAGACAUUGGAUGAUGACCUAAUCUUUAUCAUUCUGUCUUCCUAAGGUAAAGGAAUUUAUUUGCUCCAUUCCUUUCUCUAUUCCAGACAGAAGUUCACAACUUGGGGGCGGGGGUUGUGUGACCAAAAAAAGCAGCUGCUUGAGCAAUUACAACAAACUGCAAAAUAACAAGAGAAAACUUGUUAUUGCUAAAGUCUUUACCAACUUUGUGUUGCAUCAGAGAAAGAGGAUCUAGUACUGAAGUAAAGAAUCAAAACAAAGGCAGCAAGAGUAUAGCAAAGAGAGAAGUUAGUAUUGCAAGUCAGAAUGGGUGUUAAGCUUCAGUUUCUUCAGAGCUGGUCUAAUUCUUACACUAAAGUGUUGUGUAAGAUAAUGAAGCCUACUUAGACAGUAUUAGUCUCAAGAUAGCUAUUAAAACAGAGACAAAUGUAAUUUACAAAAGAGCAGCCUUCACCUGGGUGCAGGUGUACUAGUGUUUUAUCCAGAAAUGGGAAUUGCCACGACUGGAAUGAAGACUGCUUGCAGUCCAGACUGAACUCAGGCAUACGGGAAUUCUUGGCUGUUUCUAGAGAAAGACACAUCCCUACAUUACCAAAAACAUGUAAAACGAGCCUGUUUCAUAUAACAGAUGAAAACACAAUUCCAGUAACAGUUGUAAACAUUGAUCCUAUAAGGGAUUAGGCCUAUGGGACUAGAGGGAAGGGCUGAGAAAGAUUAGCAUAGUACUCCAAACUCUGCCAAAAUAAAACCCCAAACAGUAAUGCUUCAGGAGUAGACCAAUGGACUUCACCUAAAGGUUAUUAGUUUUUUUACAAGCCCAGUUUCAUAAAUUUUACGGAAUGAUUUAAAAUUCAGGGAUGGAUUGAAACAGUUUGGCUGGAAGGAAGUAAAUACAUUCCAUCUUCCUUACAGGCUAUGAACUUGGCAUAUUAUCUAAAAAUACUCUUAUGAUACUCAAGUACUGUACUUGAGUUGCAAAAGGAUUUAUUUGAUAAUUUUGCUAUAUACAACAAAUCAAAUUUGCUAUAUACAACAAAUACAAGGAUAACUGGAAUUCAUUGCAAGGGAAGAUUUAUUAUAUAAGAAAUUUUCAUGUUGUUCAAAUGUGUGCUUGAAUAUGAAACUGAUUUACCUACAAAGUUUCUGUAAAUAAAGUUUUUCUUCUUGCCAAUUCUUUUAAAAGUUCCAGAGGUCAUGGCUUUUAUUUUCACAUACCACCAACAAGCAACUCUUAUAUCCUUGAUUAACAAUCACUGUAAAUAGUAAUAUUAAUAUGGAAUUAAAUUAACAGUUGUUAACCAACA